CUGCCACCAGGUGUCGCUGUUUCAUUAUGAUGGUAGCUUUUCUCAUGAGCUCCUUCAGAGCUUGUUAACUUCGUCGGCAUGACCAUUUCCGGAUAAUAUUUUAGCGCAAGAAUGGCUGCAAUGUUUACGUGUUGUCUGGGAUGCUGCGGAGAUGGGGGAACGGGGCAUAUUCCCCUCAAAGAAAUGCCCACCGUCCAGUUAGACACGCAUCAUAUGGGCACGGAUGUGGUCAUCGUGAAGAGUGGCCGGAGGAUAUGUGGCACCGGGGGUUGCCUCGCCAACGCUCCCCUGCACCAAAACAAGAGUUACUUUGAGUUCAAGAUCCAGUCCACAGGUAUAUGGGGGAUAGGUGUGGCCACUCAGAAGGUGAACCUGAACCAGGUCCCCAUGGGGCAGGACAUCAACAGCCUUGUCCUGAGGCACGAUGGCUCGGUGUACCACAACAACGCGGAGAAGAACCGUCUCCCUGCCAACAGCCUUCCACAGGAGGGGGACAUUGUGGGCAUCACAUACGACCAUGUGGAGCUGAAUCUCUAUCUGAAUGGGAAGAAUAUGCACUGUCCAGCUUCAGGGAUCAGAGGCACCGUGUUCCCGGUGGUUUAUGUGGAUGACAGUGCCAUCUUAGACUGCCAGUUCAGUGACUUCUACCAUACGGCGCCGCAAGGCUUCGAGAAGAUUCUGUUUGAGCAGCAGAUUUUCUGAGCAGCACCUCCUUAUACCUCCAGGCCUUUACACACACACACACACACACAACCCUCAGCUCACAGUGCUCCUUGUUGCUCCGCAGAGAUCUGUGACCCCCGCCCUUGUUCCGUCUGGUUUGAGUGUCCCUCUGUGUGUGUUAUGUCCUGGUUACUCUCGCUUUAAAGCUGUUCUGGGUCCAGUUGGGUAGUUUAGCUCUUGGUUGAUGCCAGCACUGGAGCAGUAAGAAUACGGAUCCCAAGUCAGCGGUGAAGGGCAUAGAGUUGCCAGUGUGGUGUGUGUGUGUGUGUGUGUGUGUGUGUGUGUGGUGUGCAUUUGCAGCUGAAAGACAGUCAAUUAGUCAAUAUUGCUUUGCUUCAGUUGUAAUCAUCCUGCAUUGCCACGAUCUGUUAUGGUUGCUGCUGCUUUCUGAAAAGAGAGUUUAAACAAUGUUUAGGUGUUGAGUCUGACAGUAUCGUUGUGCAAUCACUACACAUGUCCAUUGGUCUGGACCAGAAGCCAUGUUGAGUGUUCUUUACUGCUACCUAUGUAUGGUUUGAUUAUGGAAUCUCAAUAAACUCUUAAUGCCAUAUUGAUAUAUGGGGCAAACACACCCAAUAUAUAUAUAUAUAUAUAUAUAUAUAUAUAUAUAUAUAUAUAUAUAUAUAUAUAUAUAUAUAUAUAAUUUCUCAUUUUAUUUGUUUAUAGCUGACACUAAUGUUCAAUGUUUUGUUUCCCUGAUAAUUUACUUAUAAUUCUUGAGUUAGUUAUUCAUAUUUAGAUUUUUCUUAUUUUGAUUAUGAUAUGUCAUUUAAAGUAAUAUGUCACAGCGCUGAUGGUUAUUCCAAAUGUCAGCAAAUUUGCGAAGCUCUUUGGUUUUAUUCGGGUUGGGUAGGUUACUUUCUGAAUGUAAUCCGUUAGUUACUAGUUACCUGUCCAAAAUUCUAAUCAGUAGCAUAACUUUUGUAUUGCCCAAACUCAGUAACGUAAUCUGAUUACAUUCCCCUAAAGAGGCGUUAGAAAGCAAAAAUGAUCCAUUAAAUACAUGCAUUUGGUUAUUCAUCAUAAUGGUCUCUGACUUGUGGUCAGAAUCGCUCAGGUCGAACAAACUUAAACUUGCGCAUUUUUUCCAUGCUGAAUUGAAUGUCAUUGAGAAAACAAAGGUGUCAUAAUGUAUUUUUUUUUCCGCAAACACCCUUUCUAAAUUGUAAAAGUAAUCCAAGAAGGAAUCUAGUUUUUCAAAAGUAUCUGUAAUCUUAUUUUGCUGUUAACGUAACUGAUUAGUAUUUUUUUGGGUAAUCAGAUUACACGAAACUGAUUACACGUAAUCACUUACUCCCCAACCCUGUAUUUGUGGAUGUGACAUUUUCCAACCCUACUGUAUUUCAACUGUCAGAUGAACACAUAUCUCCUUUUGAAGCGUGAAAACUGUCUUCAAUUGUAAAUGUUUUGUUUUGUUUGCACUAAUGACAUGUAUGUUGAAUAUUAAACCAAAUCGGAAUACUUAUUGUUGAAUACAAUAAAGAAACUGGAGUCUCUAGAAGCAUUUAA